CGGAUAUCAGCAACAUUUCGGCUUCAUCAUCUGACUAACAUUUUCAAAAUAUUUUCAACAAAAAAAAAAAAAAAAAAAAAAAAAAUUCAAAAUAUAUCUCAAAUUAAUUGGUUGUCAUUAGCAGGUUAAAAUCAACGAUCAAGCGCCUAAAAAUACAUCACGUAAUUUUCAAAAAGUUACCUCAAAUUUUUCUUUUUCAAAAAGAUACGAUUAUCACCACAGUGCAACAACGACAAUGUCUCCGGUUAAUCUGAAAGACUGUAUGGAAGAGGUGGUGAAGUACACUUUGGAGUCUCACAUAAACGAAACCCUAGAAUUCGAUCUAGGCCUCUCCAAAUCCUUCUGCUCCGACCUCCUCAAACUCGAUCCCAACACCACCACUGCGACCGAAUCUUUUGAAGGAGUCCCUCCAUAUCCCUUAUACAAGCGUCUGGCAUCAGCUUUAUUAGAAUCAAUCAAUUCUAAAGCCUUUUGUAGGAAAUAUAGCGAUUUGAACUUUAUCCCUGAAGGAAGCUCCUCGAAGCAAGAAGAAAAUGAAUGGCAGAAGCUGGUUUUGGAUAAGGGAUCGGAAAUUGUGAAUAUUUUGAAGUCUGUUGUCCAUGAACUUCAUGUUCAGGAGCCUUUCUUUUCGCAGCUAAAAGAUGGCAAGAAAACAAUUGAAGGAAGGUGUGCCAUUGGUGACUACAAUAGAAUUGGUUCAGGAACUUUGAUCCGUUUCAACAAAUGUGUGGUGUUUGAAGUUCAGGAUACCCACUGGUAUGCUUCAUUCUCUGAAAUGUUGGGGGCAGAGAGUCUUGCCAAGGUUCUUCCUGGAGUUGAAACCAUUGAAGAAGGUAUACAAAUCUAUAGGAAUUUCUACACAGAAGAGAGAGAAAAGACAAAUGGCGUUCUUGCAAUCCGUAUUUUGAAAGUGGAUGUUCAGCCUUAUGCUUGUCUGGCAACCCUACUCUCUGUAUUGAGUUAUGGGGGUGUUCAAGGCCUUCUUGGUCUGACACAUACCACAGGGACUAUUCCAAAUGCACUUCCCCCACCAAGAUCAACUUUGUUAUCAUCAUUUACCCUUCCAUAUAAGCCGAAUGUUGAAGGUUGUACCUUGACUCAUGGAGCUAGGGCGCUGGCAAAACAUGCUAAUAGGAGUACAAGUAAAUAUUGGGGUACUUUGGAAGGAAGCGAUGCCAUUGAGAAUGUUUCUUUCUCCCCCCUUAAGAAUGGUGUCGAGCUUGAGGUUGUGGGUUCAAGAUCCAUUGGGUGCAUGUGUAAUUUAAAAGGAAAAACAUAUUUGUUUGCAGCUUGUGCCUACCAGAUGUCAAUCCACAUUUUAGAUUAUGAUAAAAAUGGGCUUGCAAUGGAUGUUGUCUGUCACAUAAUUGAACAUUGUGGCUGGCUGAAUGUGCAUAUUGUCCCACCACAUGGUGCUGUCUUUGAAAUAAGGGUUGCUGAUGGAUAUGGGGCACGGUGGUCUAAAGAUGGUUGCAAGUUUCCUGGGCUUUCUUCCUUCUUGAUCAGAUGGAGGAGAUAUGGAUUUGAGCCUGCCUGUCAGCCCAUUAAUUCUUCAGAGCUGGCUGAGUUAGUUUAUUGGAUUUCUAGAGCCAUACAUGGAAGACGGUCACUUAAAGGGAUGGAAGCACUAAUGUUGUUUGGGAAGGUGAACUUGCUUAAUUUUGAUAGGUGUGUCAAACAAUUGUUUUACUCAUUCAAUCUUUCUCAUGACAAGAUCUUGUUACAGUAAUACACGAAUUUGACCUCUUAUCUUUUUCCCAAUGCACUUGUGCUCUUGUCAGCCCCCACUAUUACAGACAGGGAGAAAGUGACUGGCUUUGAUAAUGAAUAUUGGAUCUCAUGUCUGAGAUGUGUUCACAAUACAUUGUAAAAAUCCUGGAUGCAAUCAGCAAUCUCUCUUGUAUGAAUCAUGGUGUCAACUCUAAAAGUCCUACUAAUAUAAUUUCCUAUCUCUCUCACCUUUUUAACA